AUGGCGCUUCGCACGUUCGCGUCGAGGACGAGGAGCGCCGCUCUCCAUCUGGCGGCGCCGGCGCCGAGGUUCUCGCCGCCGGCGAAGGGCUUCUCUACUUCGGCCGCCCCACGCGCCGUCUUCAGCAAGACCGCCUCACUUAACUACUCAAGCUGGAGUGCCGGAAGCAGCUUUGCCAACACUGCUGUUCAGCAGGCGCUUGUGUACCCAAGCCCAGCCACCAGUGCGGCAAGCAGCCUCGUUAGCGCUGCUCGUGUUCAGCAGGCACGGUACUACUCAGCCGGUGCUGUGGUGAUCGACGAGGAGACUGUCCAAGUGCUAAUCACCGGGGUGGCCAAGUGUAAUUCAGUGGCAAGCAAAUGCCUUGCGGAGAUCCAUACGGUGCAGGAUCUGCAAAUCAUCACCCUCAUUGUCAUUUUGUCUGGUAUUGCGGGGGCCUGGUAUGUUGGACAGCAAGUAAUUGAUCGAGGGUCUGAGAUCCUGGGCCAGGUGCAAAAGCAUGCCCCGGAAAUCUUGGGCGCCGUCUGCGACGAGAUGGUGUACCAGCUGAAGAUACCCUUCCUUGGCAGCGGGAGGCGCCUCGUCUUGCAAGACCAUUGGUUCAAUGACCCGGAGAAGUCGCUGACGAGGUACGAGCAGAGGAUGAGGCGUGAGGCUGCGAGGCAAGAGAUGGACCGGCUUCGACUUGAGGAAUUCAAUCGCGCCCAGGAGGAGAAGAAGCGCGAGGCUGCGCAAAUGUACGAGCAGUCCUUGGCAAGGAAACGAGUCAACGACCAGCUGCUCAAGGACAAGCUUCGUGAGGAGAGGAUACGGCAGUUGACGGGACAGUAG